UUGUGCACCGCUGCUGCGCUGCUAUAAAUCUGCAACGAUGAGAGAUGACAGCAGAAAACUGAGAGCCAGAGAAAGCAGAGGAGCAUCUUGCAUGAGGAGAACACCUCUGCUCUCUGGUUUGUCUUCGAGGGACGUUCGGAGUCGCAGAGGAGGAAGUGACCUGAGGCCGGAGCUCCGUCCUCCUGCCCCCGGACCAGGCGCUCAGGCUCCAGCAGCCUAAACCCUCAUAAAUCCAGUCAGCUCUCUGCUACCUCUAACCCAGCUGACAUGGCUCCCACUCUGGCCACGGCCUUCUCCCGCCGGUGGUGGAUGGCGGUGACGGCGGUCAUCGAGAACCUGCUUUUCUCUGCUGUGCUGCUCGGCUGGUCGUCCCUGCUCAUCAUGCUCAAGUCUGAGGGCUUCUACUCCUACCUGUGCAAAAGACCAGAAAACGGCUCCAGUCUCAACCUCUCCAACACGAACGCCUCUAAGGCUGACACUGAGGAAGAGGAGUAUCUGCUGAUGAACAACUGGCCCAUCUGCAAAGAUCAGGACGAGAUGCUGAACCUGGCCUUCACUGUGGGCUCCUUCCUGCUGUCGGCCAUAACUCUGCCUCUGGGCAUCGUCAUGGACAAAUACGGGCCACGGAAGCUGCGACUCCUGGGGAGUGCUUGCUUUGCCUUCUCCUGCCUCCUCAUCGCCUACGGUGCCAGCGAUCCCAAUAGUCUCUCCAUCCUGAUCUUCUUUGCGUUGGCAUUAAACGGGUUUGGAGGCAUGUGUAUGACCUUCACCUCUCUGACGCUUCCCAACAUGUUUGGAGACCUGAGGUCGACCUUCAUCGCCCUGAUGAUCGGAUCCUAUGCUUCCUCUGCUGUCACUUUCCCUGGCAUCAAGGUCAUCUAUGAUCUGGGUGCCACCUUCAUCUCCAUCCUGCUGGUUUGGGCCGGCUGUGCCUGCCUUGUCUUCCUCAACUGCUUCGUCAACUGGCCUCUGGAGCCUUUCCCCGGGCCAGAAGACAUGGACUUCACGGUCAAGAUCAAGUUCAGCUGGCUGGGCUUUGACCACAAGAUCACAGGGAAGCAGUUUUAUCGGCAGGUGACCACCGUGGGGCGGCGUCUCAGUGUUGGCCACUCAAUAAAGCAGCAGCAGCAGCCGCCCAAAGACCUGGCCACACAGGAGGCCAACAAGCUGUGCCUGUCCACUGUCGACCUGGAGGUGAAGUGCAAGGGCCAGGAGGAGACUCAGUCUUUCAUGAAGAGUAUCUUCAGUCCCAUCUUCCUGCUGAGCCUCAUCACCAUGUGUGUCACUCAGCUGCGCCUCAUCUUCUACAUGGGAGCCAUGAACACCAUCCUGGAGUCCCUGACAGACGGAGACCUCAGCACAGUGGAGAGGAUGGAAGUGGUGAGCGUGUACACCUCCAUCUUUGGCGUGCUCCAGCUUCUGUGUCUGGUCACCUCUCCUGUGAUUGGCUACGUCAUGGACUGGAAGCUGAAAGACUGCGAGGAUGAGAAUGAUAAGAGUGCCAAGAGAGAGCCUGGCCAGCCCCGCCCCCCCAGCAAACAGAUCCAGAAGAUUGUCAACGCCACCAGAGCCUUCAUCUUCACCAACCUGCUCCUGGUCGGUUUUGGAUGCACCUGCAUCGUCCCCAACCUGCCCCUUCAGAUUCUGUCCUUCAUCCUGCACACCAUUGUCAGAGGCUUCAUCCACUCUGCGGUCGGAGGCCUCUACGCUGCUGUGUAUCCGUCCUCUCAGUUUGGCAGCCUGACAGGCAUGCAGUCUCUGAUCAGCGCUCUGUUCGCCCUGCUGCAGCAGCCUCUCUUCUUGGCCAUGGUGGGACCCCUGGAUGGAGACCCUCUAUGGGUGAACGUGGGCCUGCUGGUGCUGAGCAUGCUGGGAUUCUGCCUGCCCCUCUACCUGCUGUGCCACAGCCGCCACCUCCAGCGCCUCAGAGACGAACACGAUGAAGAUCCCAAGAUCUACGUCAAGAUGAACAACGGCAGCACACCCGAGGCCUGCGUCUAGACCGGGAGAAGAAAGAGCUUUUAAAAAGGGGAGAGGACGAGCUACACUGAGAAAGAAAGAGAGUGGAGGAGUUCUUCUACCUGUGUCACACAUGUGAUCACUCACUCUGAGACAUCUCUAUCAGUCCAGACACUCACAAACCUUUUACAUUCCUCACACACAUUACACUGCUCAUCACACAUGACUGAACACCACUGUGACACCCAGUUUCACCCUGUCUGACAAUAUACGCUGUGAAGAACCUCACACACAUACACUGAAACCACACGAGAAGCUCACAGUCCCUCCACUGCACCUCUAAACAGACUAAAGGGAGAGAAAACAACUGUUUAUGUCUCCCUAAAUGACUCCUCCUCUUCACAUCUUCUCUUCAUUCUUGCCAUUUUUAUUUCAUGCUGUUACGUCUGAAGGCCAACUGGUUUCGCCUCCGCCAGUCCUGCACAGAAACCACAGGAAGAGACGACGCCAGCCGAUGGAAAGCCACAGUGAGGACAUUUUCGAUGACAAAUAUUUAAAAAAAAAAAAAAAAAAAAAAGUCUCAGUGACAGUAUUGGUGUGUUGUGAACAUUUUGGACUCCAGUAACCAUGGCGACCUUGCUUUCUGAUUGGUUCAGGUUUGUCUGAGGUGCUGCUCACCCAGCUGACUAUCUCAGACAUGUUUAUACGUGAGAAAAAGUACACACACACACACACACACACACACACAUAUAAGCACACAAGUAGCAUCCUCAGUCAUGGCAUCUCCGCUUCCUCUUGUGCCCGAGGGCGUUAAACGCAUGAGAAUCCACAGGAGGUAUCGGUUCAGGGUGAAACUCACACUGCAGCAGCUUUGUCAUCAGCUCACAACACACAGAGAAGUUAGCAAAGAAAACGCUGCAGCAGCAUCUCUAUGUGGCUCUGUGCUCCCUAAUGCAGCGUGAUGAUUUAGUUCCUGCUGUUAGACAAACAGUGCAUGUUGCCAGAGACAGUGCUGGUCCUUUAUUACUAUUUCACUCAGUCACUGGUGCAGGAAGACACAACCAGCUUGCCAUGUUUUUGUUUCAUGUCCAUACAUUUAAUAUGUAAUCGUUCACGUAUUUACUUGCAAUAUGAUCUCAGAUGCGUUGUUUAAUCUUUGUUCCUUAUGCAUGAUGUGAUGACGGUAAGGAGGAGAUGUGUUUAGAACAGGUAGACGGGACAAAGACUGUAGAUCUAGUGUGUUUUUAAAGGUUGGAGCAGCGUUACUGAAAUGGCUGCUCAGAUGAAUUUGGGGUCUCGAUUCGUUGUAGCAAUAAGUGCUUCUGCGAGGUGCUGGCAACACACAGGCAACAUUUUCAGGACUGCAUUUCUGAAUUGCAAAAGGUGCUAGUUGAAUCACAGAAAUUUGUUGUUUGUGUUUGGCUUUGAAGCGCUGUUGAGGUGCCACCAAAUUACUAGUAAGAGCAUGUUUUUCUUUACAACUCCAAAGAACCAAUCAGCUUACCAUUUCUGAAUUACCUUUACUCUUUGUUUCUUAUCGGUUUCGUGGUGAUUCUGCACCUUAACACUAAGUGCAACCACAGCAGCAGCUCUGGGAAACUUGAAUUCACCUCUCACAGACAUAAAGGGAGAUUUGCUGGAAGGUAGCAGGCUGAGAAAGAUUCCCAGCUUCGGAGGAAAAAGCAAAGAGCGAUGAGACUAAACGCAGACAACAAAGAGUCUUUGUAUUUGAAAGAGAAACCCAGAACAGAAGCUUGGAGUGUGUAGACGAUGAUGCAGGGAGAUAAUAAUUCAGUCUGCUGUCUUCAAAUGCCAUGCAGUCAAGCUCCUCAGAUGAUUUUUUUUUUCCUGCCUGGCAGUAACUGACAGAGGCACGUCCAAAGACAGCCAUGACCCUCAGAGUGCCUCUCUGUGAGAUGGGAGGAGUGGAUCCAGGCAGGAUGUGGCUCACCCAGUCCCUCCCUCCCUCCCUCCAUCUAACCAUCCAUCCAUCUAUCUAUUGCUUUCAUCCACCCAUUAAAACGUAUCUUGAAAUGUUUACUGUUGACAGAGUGGAGAGACAAGCCUCUGCUGCCACCAGACGCCCCCAGCUAAAUGAGAAUUGAAUGGCACAUGAUGCACUUUAGACCUCUAAAAUGGACCUCAGUCAUGUAUUUCUGAGCGGCCUGCACUGUAAACACGAUGCAUGGCCGUCUGCCGGUGGUGCAUGAUGCAAAGAAUGUAGACUCAGAGCUUCGGAUAUAGAUUUGUACUUCAGAACAUGGGAACAGAAAGAUGUUGUUAUUUUUUUAUACUCGGAAGAAAAACCUAUUGCUUCACAUGUUCGUUAUAUAUCGCCGUUAUGUACAAGGACAAGGUGGCAGAGGCUUGUCUCUCGGCUCAGGAGCCUCCAUACGUCAAUCAGAACGGGUUCUAAACUACAUGAGCUUAGAAAGAAGCGAAAGAGGAGAAAUGUGUGGAGUCAAAUUGGUGCCGAAAUUGUUGAAAUGCGCCAAGAUUUAAGACAAAGGUGAGGAAAAUCGUGUACAUUUGCAUUUAAAGAUUUGUGCGUGUUAAAUUGAAUGUUGCAUAAUGGAUGUAGGAAAAGUACAUUGUGCAAAAUGAAGCACCUUAACUGUUCAAAAUGCCACUUUUUGGUCAGAUAUGACCGUCGAAAUUCCAAGCAAGGUCCACGACUGAAACUUUGGAUUUUUAAAGAUAAACCUAUGCACAGUGUGCAGGAAUGUACUGCAUCUGUUCCCUUUUUUUUUUACUUCAAAAUUUUUUAUAAAAAUGUACAAAUCUUCAAUUACGAAUGUACCGUAUUUAUUUCCACCUCACGAAGCCAGAUUUAUGGUACAGCUGUCAUUGAUGUAACUGGUUAAGGCGCUAAUUUAACUCCAUACAGUGAAUCUCUGGUGUCCUGUAGCUAAAAUCAGUGUGUUCUGACCAGAGAUUGCAGCCAGGUACAGAUGCAGCGCUAUGAAUGUGGGUGAAGAUGGACACUGAUUUUUUUUUUUUUUUUUUAUUUGCCCGGUAACCCACCCUGAACUCACUCUCAGCAGCGGCGUAAUGAUAAUGUUGUCUUGAAUUGAUGUGAUAACUGAGCCUGGCUGAAUGAGUAACGAGUUCAUUCCCUCAAAAUGGGAAACCAAUCAGCACUUUCCUUCACUGCCGUACCUUAACUGACUCACCCUGCCCUCAAUGCCAUGAUCUCCCUGACCUAACCCCAACCUCCUAGGAUAGGGAUUGUAAUCAAGUUUGGUUUAUUGAUCGAUGUAUUGAUGAAUUGUUUGUUUUUUUUCAUGAUGACUUCCUGGCCUCAGCGUUUGGUUGUGGGAGUUUUAUGACAAUGUGUGAUGUUAAGAAAAAGAUGUUGAACCCUGACGCCGUAUUUCCUUUUUUUUUCUACCUACCAUGCUCCAGUUUAGUUGUGUUGGCUUUUAUUAAGCUUUCUUUCCAUCUGAUGUUUACGAGAAUGUGUAUUUUAAUGUUCUUAUGUUGUAUAUUUGGGUUUCUUUUGUCUUGUACCACAGUAUAGCCAUUGUCAUUGACUUUUCAAGACAUGCUGUUUCAACUGAAAGGAAAGAAAAAAAAAAGACAGAUCAUUAUAUGAAGCAAAAUAAACACGAUAAUUUGUA